UGAAGACUUUUCUUUUCUUCCUUGAGACACCAAACGGCCGAAUGGGAAUGGAAUAAAUGAGCGAAUGACUUUUGGGCUCUUUAAUAUGCUUUUAAAAAGCAUUUCAAGGUGUGAUCUGAUAUGCCAAACAAAAGACAAUGUUAAAUGUGUUAGCAGCUUUUCAAGUGGAAGUACUAUAGAUUCCUUGUUUCUUCAUUGCAUUUGCAUGGUGUUUUCUUCCUACUGAAGUAAGCUAGUUGCCUCUCAUUAGUAAAGCUACUUCAUUUGACUCUGUAAUUCUCAGAAGGAUCAGUGGAUAUGAUGAUGGAAGGUGAAGGUAGUAGUAGCAGCAAGAAGAGAGGAGUUCAAAAUCAUAACGAUGGCUUCAUUAAUAUUCUCUUUUCUUGGUCUCUUGAUGACAUUUGUAAUGAAAAUCUUUUCAGUCAUAAGGUGGAAAAAAUUCCUGAAUCAUUUGAGUCUGUCACUCAGUAUUUCGAAUCAUUUGCUUAUCCUUUGUUGGAAGAAACACGAGAACAACUAUUUAUGCUAAGGUGGAUGUUUUUAGGCCCCAUGGACCCGAGUUACAUGAUGUUAAGAUUGAUUACUGGAGGAACAGGUUCAGUAACAAUGGUAAAGAGCCUUAUAAAACUUUGCCGGGGGAUAUUUUAAUUUUAGCAGAUGCGAAGCCUGAAACUAUUUCCGGUUUGGAGAGGGUUGGUAGAAUGUGGUCUUUUCUAUCAGUCAUGAAAAUCGCAGAGGAUGAUAAUGAUAGCACUUCUACUUACUUUAAAGUGAAGGCUUCAAAAAGCAUCCAGCAGUUUGAAUGGGAGAAAUCACUGUUUGUGAUUUUCUUGGCAAAUAUUACUACUAGCAGAAGAAUAUGGAAAUCCUUGAGAAUGUCUGGAAAUUUGAAGAUUAUCAACAAAGUUUUAUGCAGGAAUUCUGUGUUGGAGGAAAGUUGCCAAGUCUGUUCUGAACUGAAUAGGGGCAUCUUAUAUGAGAAAUUUGGUAGUGGUUUAUCAUCAACAUUGAAUGAUUCACAAUUGAAUGCAGUUCUUGCCUGUCUUGAUGGAGUGCGUUGUGAUCACAAGUCCUCUGUGCAACUUAUAUGGGGUCCCCUUGGAACAGGGAAAACUAAAGUUGUUAGUAUGUUACAGGACCCAUCUCGACCCGCUAAUCCUAUAACCCCUGAGAAUACUGUUAUUGGGUUGGAACGGCGAAAUGCAUCCUGUAUUCUGUUUGAAAAACUUUUCUACACCAUAACCUAGCACAUAAUAUAAUAUCAUCUAUAGGCCUCUGACUUUUAAAUGAGUACAUGUCAAAAUACAUCCUGAUUAAAGCCAAGAAAUCAUAAAAUAAACCUGUACUCUGGCCUCUGGCCUUAUCAUAUAUAUAACAAAACAAUUUACAUCUUUACUCAUUUCAAAAAAAUCAUGAGAAUAGUUUAAUUAGGCCUCUGGCCCUUCAACAUUUCAUAAGUUUCUCAAAGAAAACUCAAAUAUAUGUAUGCAAAUUGGGACACCUACUGAAGAUGCUAUAUUGUGCACAACCU